UUUUUUUUUCUUUUUAUCUACUCAAACUGGAUUCGACUAAUCUCACCAACUUUGAAUCUUCCACCAUCUGUGGUCCAGGGGAUCCUGUCUUACUCUAUGUUCAUUGUACACUUACAAAACCUGAUCCCCAUAUUAAAAUAAGAAGACAAACAACACCAAGUGGUAUUCCACCUGUGAUUAUAGUGACAGGCAUAAAGCAAGAAGGGAAAUUACCAGAGAUAUCCGAUGAAAGGCCCGAUAAGACCAUCAAGAUUAUCGUAUUAGACUUGAGAGGCAAUCAUGAUCCAAGCAUUGAAAAUCAACCUGCCUCUAAAUUCAAAAAGAUGCCUCAAGAGAUAUGGGAUAAUGUACUGGCUAUUCGAAUUGCAUUCAAACCCAAUCAACCGACUGAUUGUCCUAUUCAGGCAUCCAGUACGAUUGAUGUCUAUACAAACAUAUUACCUAAACCAGUACAGCCUACCACUAUGUUGCCUAUGUAUAAUUAUGUGCCUCCAUUACCUAAUCCUUAUAUGACCAAUUAUAUGUCUGUCAUGGCAGCAGCACAAUCGAUUGUCAAUGCAAAUUAUCGAUACCAACCACAACCACCACCUCAAGUGAUGAUCCCACCUACUCAUAUCAAACGAAAACCAGUUCAAUUACAACCCACCCCUUUUCUUUCUCCUCAAUUGGAACAACGAAUACAGAGAAAAAAGACACCUCAACCAACACAUAAGAAAAGAGUGAGGUUUAAUGAAAUACCACAAAUAUAUCAUUAUGAACCUGAAUCUGAAUCUGAAUCUGAAGAAGUGUAUUAUACCCAACCUUAUGACUAUUAUUCACCACAAGAGAAUUAUUACUAUGACAAUGAAGAAGGAGAAGAAGAGUAUGGUGAUUUAUGGAAAAGGCGUAAUUUUAUCAAACGACAUGCUUCUUAUCCUCGAAAAAACCUUUUCUAAUACGCGUCGCGUCUUUUUUUUUUUAUUAUUAUUAUUUUAUUUUAUUUUGCGUGACG